GUCGUUGAAGUUCAACUACGGAUACGUUGUCUCUGUGACUGGGUGAUAAUAUUUCUCUAGUCCGUGUAAAAUUGGAUAAGUAAUCAGAGAUGGGUAGGGAUAGGGAAAUAUCUCGGUCCCCGCCAUACCGGAGGAGGUAUUCACCAUCUCCGUCGCCGGUGGAACGUAGCAGGUAUAGCCGUCGUAGCAGGAGAGAUAGAAGCCGAUCCCCGUAUUCUUAUAGCAGGUGAUACCCUUUUAGUUACACUUAUUUCUGUCUUAUAUAUUUCAUGUACUCUAUGCAGAAUAGUUUUAUGAUUUUAGAUUAAUUGUGUUGAAGAGUCAGCUAUGGUCUCCGAUGAAGUACGCUGUAUUAAGUGAAAAUUGCAAACAAAAAAACUGUAUGAAGCACGAUUUUAAAUUUUAAAGCCGGAAAAUGAGUUAUCGUAUAGAAUUUGUAUUGAAUGAAAAUAUGGCGCACAGUUGCUUCCCCCUGCCCCCAAAAAAAAAAUUAAAAAAAUUAAUAAUAAUAAAAUAAAAUAAAAUAAAAACAAAAACAAUGAAGAACAUUGGAGCAUGUGGUUUUUGUUCUUGAAUAUUCAGACUGAUAGAUCUUGCUAUCCUGGAAAGUAUAAUGUCCUCCAAUGAAAAGCUGAGGUUUUUCCAUUUGCUUAAAUUGACAUCACGGGAGCCUUUCUGGAUGAUCAUGUCCAAAGCUAUUAUAAAUGUUAUGCUUAGUAAUUAAUCAUUUUAUUGAUUUUUUAUUUUUUAUUUUGUUAUUAUUAUUAUUAUUUUUUUUUCAAGAUGAUCUAGCAGAUGCGUAUGGCUUGUAUAACUUGGUGUCCCUAGUGCAAUGUUGCUUCAUAUGAGAGUUUUCACUUUCCUCGUGCACUUUGAAUGUUUGUUGAGUUGAUGACUGUUUUGCCUUGUUCAAUUCUUGACUAUUCUUUCUUUAGUGUGAUAAAAAAGCUGCUAAAUUGUAAACUUUCAUGAUAAAUGUAUCUGGAUGCUGGAGUUUUUCCUUACAAUCUGCUAGAAUUUGAGACUUAUAUCUUAAAACAUAGCAUGAAUAGGAUAGGGAACCUCUUUGUUGUUUGGGAAAUUAAGAAAAGAAACAAUGGUUCCCUUCUUCUGGGAAAUGAGCAGGUGAUGGGAACCGAUGGGUGUCCUUUCGUUACUCGAUUGUGAUAUUUGCAGUUUCUUAUGAUAAAAGAUGGAGCACACAGUUUAUUCUUUGCAAUACAUGAGAAGAAGAAGUCGUUCAUUGUCCUCCCGGCAUCGUAAAAGCCGCUCCCCGACUUCAAGACGUAAGAAAAGCCACUCUCCAACGCCAAGACGGAGUAAAAGACGGAGAAAGAGUACCUCAUUAUCUCCUUUGAAUGCAUCUUCCAGUACAAGUGCUGGGUCAAAAGAGAUGAAAGACACAAAUGAAAAAUUAAGAAAAGAAGAGGAGGAAAAGAAAAGGCGUCAACAGGAGGCAGAAUUAAAAUUAAUAGAAGAAGAAACUGCAAAGAGAGUAGAAACAGCAAUUCAGAAACAAGUUGAAGAGAGCUUGAACUGUGAGGAGAUCAAGCUUGAAAUACAUAGGCGUCUAGAAGAAGGUAGGACGAAACUUAUUGCUGAAGUUGCAGCUCAACUUGAAAAAGAAAAGGCAGCUGCUCUUGUUGAAGCUCGGCAAAGAGAGGAACAAGCCCAGAGAGAGAAAGAAGAGCUGGAAAGGCUACUUGAAGAGAAUAGGAGAAAAAUGGAAGAAGCUCAAAGAAGAGAAGCUUUAGAACAAGAAAGAAGGGAGGAGGAACGCUAUAGAGAAUUGGAGGAGCUUCAAAGGCAAAAAGAAGAGGCAAUGCGAAGGAAAAAGCAACAAGAAGAGGAAGAACGAUCCAAACAGAUUAAAGUAUUGGGGAAGAACAAAUCCCGCCCUAAGGUGUCAUUUGCCCUAGGUUUCAAAUGAUUGAUGACGGUGUCCUUAUUCUGUUUUUCUUUUCGCACUUACUGCUUGCUUGUUUUGUAAUCUGGGAAUAAUUCAAUGCUAAAAAACUAUAUUUGUGAUUUACCCUACUCA